GACCGAUAUCGACCGAAGGUCGGACGGUGUCGCUGAAUAAUCGCCCAACUCACAUCCAACGCGCUCAUUCAUAUCAUUCGAUCCUGGUGUAGUGGGCAGCCGGCUCAAUCGUUCUCUCUCUCCUUCUCUGUCUCUGCCAUUCCAAGCUAUAGACAUAUCUCAAAAUGGCUUCACAAAAUGGAAUAACACCAACGUUCUCAUUGGGCGACUACGUCAAGUUCUUCGGCGCCGGCGCCCUAGCAGCCACAGCCACACACGGCGCCGCGACCCCCAUAGACGUAGUCAAAACCCGCAUCCAAGUCGACGACGCAAUGAAGGGGAUGAACAUGGUCCGCGCGGCGCGCCAAAUCGUCGCCAAAGAAGGCGCCUCGGCGCUCCUCACCGGCUUCGGCCCCACGGCCGUGGGAUACCUGAUCCAAGGCGGCGGCAAGUUCGCGGGCUACGAGUUCUUCAAGAAGAAAUACAUCGACCUCGUCGGAUCCCAAGAGACGGCCACGCGCCAUCGCACGGCGAUAUAUCUAUCAGCCAGCGCGAGCGCCGAGUUCUUCGCGGAUAUCGCCCUGUGUCCGCUGGAAGCUACGCGCAUUCGCCUCGUUUCGCAGCGGGGGUUUGCCUCGGGGCUUAUCCCUGGGUUCAUGCGUCUGGCGCGAGAAGAAGGGUUCCGGGGGUUCUAUUCGGGAUUCGUGCCGCUGCUGUUCAAGCAGGUCCCGUACGCCGUUGGUCAGUUCUCCGUGCACGAGGCUGCUGUCGAGGUUAUUUAUCGGUCGAUCGGGUCCGAGCGGAAAGCGAAGUUGACGCAUCUGGAGUCUACCGGCGUGGAAUUAACUUCGGGUAUUGUCGCUGGUGUUGCGGCGGCUGUGCUGUCGCAUCCUGCUGAUACGCUUUUGUCUGCGAUGAAUAAGGGCUCGGGGGAUCCUAGCCAAGGCGCUACGGCGAGGAUGUUCUCGCUUGCGCGCGAGUUUGGACCGAAGAGAUUGCUGCUUUCAGGCCUGGGACCGCGUGUUCUUAUGACUUGUGGUUUGGUAGCGGGACAGUUUGUUAUUUAUGCGCAGUGUAAGGCGCUUACGGGUGCGCCGCCUGGUAUUGAGAUACAUAAAGAGGAAGCGUUAGAUUAAAAUAUCGAUGCGGCUUUAGAAUGGCAAGCGUUUGUCGUAGUCAGACAUUGGCUUGCGUUGGGCGUUUUCACUACUGUAUAUAGCUUUGGACUCAUACUAGAUGAUAGACUGA